AUGAUGACCAGGCCCUACGGAAGGCCCGGGGAUGUGGCGGAGCUGGUCAGCUCCCUGGGCUGGAUGGAGGAAGACCUGAGCUCGCAGGACGGGGAGGGGGCCUGCGAGGGCGGGCGCUUCGGGCCGGACGGGCGUGGCCGGGAGCUGGGGAGCGAGGACAUGGAGGAGGAGGAGGAGGAGGAGGAGGAGGAGGAAGAGCCAGACGACGGGCAGAGGGCUCCGAAACGGCGGGGGCCCAAGAAGAAGAAGGUGACGGCGGCGGUGGUGGAGCGGUUCCGGGUGCGGCGCGUGAAGGCCAACGCCCGGGAGCGCUCGCGCAUGCACGGCCUGAACGACGCGCUGGAGAACCUGCGCACCGUCAUGCCCUGCUACUCCCGCACCCAGAAGCUCUCCAAGAUCGAGACCCUGCGGCUCGCCCGCAACUACAUCUGGGCCCUGUCGGAGGCGCUGGAGGGCGGGCGGCCCACACACAGCCGGGGCUUCCUGGAGACGCUCUGCCAGGGGCUGUCGCAGCCAACCAGCAACCUGGUGGCCGGCUGCCUGCAGCUGGGCCCCGCCCCCGAGGUGACGGACGGCCCGGAGGACCAAUGCGGGGGCCCCGUGGGCCCCGUUGGCCCCGCCCUCAGCUACCCCUCCCCCGGCCUGCCCAGCCCGCCCUACGGCUCGGUGGAGGCGGGACACCUGCUCCAGGGGAGGAGCUACAGGGGGAGGGGCUGUGAUAACCCCUCCCCCGCGGAGGGCGGCACGGACACGCCCCCCUACGACGGGCCGCUGACCCCGCCCCUCAGCGUCAGCGGAGCGUUCGCCCUGAAGCAAGAGCCGUCGCCGGGGGAGACGGAGAGGGGCUUUACCGCCGGCCAUCCGCCCCGCUACCCCACCGGCCCCCACCCCUACCCCCACGGUCACCACGGCUACCCGCCCGCCCACUACGACCUCCCUUUCCACUCCCCAUUCGGCCCCGCCCACUCCACCAGUGCGCAGGUGGGCGUCGUUUACAGCGAGUGA